UUUACCAAUCUUCAAACCAUCAAAACCAAUAGCAAUCAGGCCGCGCGCCGCUGCGUCAUACGAACGUCUCGUCGCGCCGCGCAACCAGCACCAUGGACGGCAUCACCGCCACGUCGUGCCGCUGCAGCAGCGUGGUGUUCGUGGGCAACAUCCCGUACCAGGCGAGCGAGAAGGAGCUCCGGGACGCGUGCGAGGAGAUCGGCCCCGUGGCGUCCCUCCGCGUGGCCACCGACAAAGACAACGGCAGGCCCCGCGGCUUCGCCUUCUGCGAGUACCUCGACGACGAGACGGCCCGCAGCGCCUGCCGCAACCUGCACGGCCACCCCCUCCACGGCCGCGCGCUCCGCGUCGGCAUCGCCGCACCGGAGCAGCAGCAGCAGCAAGGGCGCCGGCGCGUCGGCGACGACGACCCGGACCUGCCCGUGGGCGUGGAGGGCGCCACGCACGCCGCGUCGCAGGUGUCCGGGACGCCCAGCGCCGCCGUGACGAGGUACCUGGCGGGGUUGAGCCGGCGCCAGCUGCGGGAGCUCCUGGACUCCGUGGCGAUGGAGCCCGCGGAGUCCGUGGAGCGGGCGAAGCGAGAGUUCAGGGGUCUCGCGACGUUAAUCGAGCAGGCGGGGAUACUGCUCGACAUGGCGGCCGCAAGUGACGCCGGUGCCGCUGGUAAGCGCCCCGGCAGUCUGCCGGAGUCGGGGCAGGGUGCACCGCCGAAGGUGAGAAAGUUGGACGAUGGCACGUCAGUUCCUUGGACCGUCGCAGGCGUUGUUGCAUGCCGCUGAUGGGUCAACUGUUUUAUUUGUUUUCUAGGUAACUUCUAAUUUUUCAUCAAGUGUAUGUAGUAUACACAUAAAUUUAGAACUCUAGAGAAUAACAAAAGCAUCACAUGGUAUAACUAACGACUCACUGCCGAUAUUGGGCAGUAUGUCAAACACUUGGCAAAGACACGGAGUGCACAGGAAAACACGCUCUGCAACCGGCUGGUACUUGGCAAAGCCUUGCCUUUGUCGAGCGAAACUACUGAGCACACGACACUAGUGUGCACGACGCGUGCACGAUGGCACAUCUACCGCUGAGUUGCCAUGCAUGAACCUGCAUGGACGGCUUGAUAGCCCCAUCGUCUACACAUCGUUCACACUGUGUCGUGUGCAUCGAGUGCAGAUAGAAAACACUCGGCAAAGAAUUGGGCGCCCGGCAAAAUCUGUGAUAUGUGCCCCUUCUUGCCGCGGUUGACAGAAGAGUGGCAGCGUGGCCUCAUUUGUGGAAAUGCAUGUCAGACCGCCGAAGGUGAGCAUGUUGGACGAUGGCAUGUCAGUCCUUGGAUAGUUCCAGGCGCUGUCUUUGCCGUUGAUGUUUGUUUUGAAGUAACUUUAAUUUAAUUUUCAAGUAUAGUAUAAACAGAAAUUUAGAACUCAACUAAAAGAUCAACAUAACUAUGAAAAGAAACAUAACUCUAGGGAAUAAGGGCAACUCCAACGUAGAUAAUCAAAUCGCCCUCAAACAUCUAGAUUGGAUGGUUCGGACAGAUUUUGUCAUCCAAUGGCAGUCAUCAAAAUUGUUCAAUUGGUCUAGAUGUCCAAAAUCCCAGAAACGGAACCAAGCUUAGGGGUCAGGCUCCGACACCAAAAUACCCCACAUGGAGCUCUUCCCCCCUCCCCCCUACUCCGUACCUCUGCAUGUACUCUGUAUCUGCACCCAUGGAGACCGUGGUCGCCGCUGAACCACCUUGGCCAUCGUCUAGGCCUUGUCGGACCUCCGUCGCUCCAGCCAAACGCUUGACCACCUUGGCAAGCGCCACCGUUCCACCCCGGAUCCCGCGGCGCCCGGGUACCAUCAGCUCCUAUCACCGCUAUGGUUGCGUACUCCGCGAAGGAGGAUGAAUUGUUGUGUGAUGCAUGGUUGGCCAAAAGUGUGCAGUUUCAAGGCAUGAAGGAUACACGUCACUCAUCAAGCUCGUAAGUUUAUCUUCUUGUUGCUCAACAUUGUUGGUGCUUUCAUUGAUUUGCUCAGUGUUGCAACUUGUUGAUCACGUCAUUGUCUAAACCAGAAGCGUGUGCACGUUGUACGAAACAACAUAGAGCAAGCCCUUAAUAAUGAUGCAUUAUUGGAUGAAGCUCGAUAGGCAUAACAACUAGAUCAACCAAUGACUUAGAAGAAGUUCAUUAAACUCGAGGAUAGGAAGCUUGACAUGAAGGUCGCUUUUGGGAUCAACAAAAUUUUAAAAACAUGUUGAACAGCUUUCAAGUAGUACAUUUGGAUUUAAAUGUAUGGUUAAAUUGCCAUUGAUCCAAAUACAUUUGUCAAAGUGACUAGAGGCUGACUAUUGGUUUAGUUUUAUUCCAUCUUUUAGGGAAAGGGGCCGACAUUUGGUGCCUGCGUUUAGAUGGACUCCGCCCUCACUGCCAAAAUCGGCCAGUUUGUCGAUUUCUCAUACCUUUGCCGAGUGUUUUAUCUUGAACAGUCAAUAAAAAAGCCCAUAAAAUGAGUGCAAGGAAAAAAACACGGUAAACGGUUGACACAUGCCAAAGCCUUGCCUUUGUCAGGUCUAGGUGAGGAAAAACUCAGAAAAGAAUUGGG